AUGCUGUUUAUGGAUUCUUCCACUCCUGCUGCUGCUGCUCAGUCUCACAUCUGCCUGGAAAAGCAACCCAGGGUCACCAGCGGCAACUCCCUCAAUCUUCGCCGGGUCACGGCUGUCCUCUCCGAGCGCAAACACCUGGCGCUGGUCUACAUCCUAUGUCGCGCCUUGAUCUCCGUCGUCCAAGUGGUCACCCGGGAAGCACUAGGAGAAGACCUUGGCACCCGUCUGGAAGAGAUCAUCUUCAACUCAAUCAAGAAUGCCGAUCCGCACGUUACCGCCAGGACGCCCAACAAACAGGCCAACAUGAACAUGUUCGCCUAUCUCCUUGGAGCCUUGUCCAACAUCAGAUUCACGAGCGUCAGCAACUGUUUUGCUGCCGAAAUGGACGCAAUGAACUGGGUCGCCCAUCUUUGCGACCAGAAGGACGGCGAAGCCAGAUUGGGAUACCUGGUCCGAGGCGUCCAGUUUCUCAAGCUGAAGGUCUACCCACUCGAGGCAUUCAAGGACACCGCCGACUUCAUUGCAACCUUUUCCACCCUCUUUGAGUCUUCCAGAGGCUCAUCAGUCAAGACCGCCAUGGCCAAAACCCUUGGCCCCUUGCUUGCUCAAGUCGUCCAAUCGGCCACCGCCGAAGUCAACCACCCGGUUUGGGGCAAGGCAAUCAAACUCAUCCUCAGCAAGUCGCACUCCAUGUCCGAUAAACCCUUGAAAUCCAGAUACUGGAACUCCACCGUCCCACUGAUUCGUCGCUCAAAGACUGUCCUCCGAGAGGCUUAG